UGAAAUACCGGCUGAAAGUCGUCGCGUCGCUCCAAACGACGAGACGUGACCUAAAACUGUUUUCCAAAAAUACACCAGACUGUGUGGAGGCGGCCUCUGAGGCGCAUGUCCUCAUGCGAAUGGUUCAAAAUGACAAUAAACCCGUUACUUGCCAUCACAAUAUUGUCCUUGAACCUACUAAGGGUAAAGGUAGACGCUGUCUCCAUUGCUAGUUUUCCAAUAGGUGGAUUGUUUAACAACCAAACUGCGUCAAGCUCGCAUGUAGCUUUUGGGAACAUCGCAGCCAUAGGCGGGCGGAAGUCCUACCAUGGGCGGGCGCUGGUUUCUGAUGCUGAUGACAGCUACUCAACCGCCCUGAACUUAUGCUCUUUUACCUCGGACAGCAAAGGCAUAGUAGCACUGAUCGAUGCACGACCAACCUAUGGAAUAUGUGAUACUACUUGUCUACUGUGCAAUCGACUCAACAUAACCCAUCUUGCCUUAGGGUGGCAACCUACUACGUCGCUCCUUGAAGACCCUUUCACGUUAUUAUACCAUCCUCCCCCGGAAUUGGUUUCCAAAGCUUACGCCACCCUUAUCAAGCAUUUACAAUGGGAUAAAUUCACAAUACUGUACGAGGAAGAAAGCAGUUUCAUUCGAUUACAAGAGAUAAUAGACACAUGGCCUCAAGAUCGGGAGCCCAUUUUAUUUAGAAAAUUGGAUCCUGACGGCGAUAAUAAAGAAAUGUUCAAACAUAUCUUCAAGGUGGCACAUAUGAGUUAUCACGUAAUAGACUGCGACGUGAAAAACGUCAUUAAAUAUAUGAAUGAGAUCGUACAAGUUGAGAACUCUACUCAGUUCAUGAGCUUUAUAAUGACGAACCUAGACACCUACUCGAUGAAUUUGAAAGAUAUUCCGGAGCUGUUGGCCAACGUUUCCACUAUGCACUUGACUACGGCCAAUCCUGACAAAUGGACAGAUUUGGGACUGAACAUAGGAAACUUAGAAACAGCAUUGGUGGUCGAUGCGUUAUCCCAUAUCGAGAAGACUAUUAAAAGUAUGCAAGAGGAGCAAGUAGGGUUCAGCAAAAUGGAAUUAGACGAACCACCUGAUCUUUGCUUUAGGGAAUCCAAAUCAAAAUAUGAAGAAGAGGUGUGGCCUUCAGGCGCUAAUCUCAUAGAAGCCUUGAAAAAGACUAAAAUUGACGGGUUCACGGGAAAUGUGGAGUUCGACGAAGACGGUAAAAGGAUAAACUUCAAGUUGUACUAUUCCAAACUGAAUCUAGACAGCGAGUUCUUUUACGUCGGAGACUGGGAGUCCAACACCGAUGUCAUUACUGAACUGAACACUUUCUCGGACCGCUCGCAGUCAAGAAAGUCGAAUAAAAUAAGGAUAGCUACGAAAGUGACAAGGCCUUACUUUGAAUUCGCGAAAACCAAUGAUAGCUCAGAAGUCACAUAUCGUGGGUAUGCUGUUGAUUUGAUUAAAGCUGUAUUCGAGAUCAUUAAUAGGGAGAACAACCUCAACUGGGAGUAUGAGUUCUAUGCUGUCGAGAAAACUGGUAACCCUAUACCGGGAUCUAAGAAAUGGGACGGAUUACUCGGAGACAUAAUGGAACAUAAAGCAGAACUCGCGAUUUCCGAUUUGAGUAUAACGUCUGAUAGGAACGAAGUGGUGGAUUUUUCAAUACCAUUUAUGAGUUUGGGCAUAAGCAUGCUGUUCAGAGAACCGGAGGCCAUAGAACCGGAUAUGUUCUCCUUUCUGCAGCCUUUGGCUUUAGACGUAUGGCUGUAUCUAGCUACUACGUACAUUAUAGUUUCUUUUAUACUUCUAAUUUGUGCUCGAAUGAGUCAAGACGACUGGGUUAAUCCUCACCCAUGCAACCAGAACCCGGACAACCUACAAAACAUUUGGAGUUUGUAUAAUUGCAUGUGGCUUACUAUGGGUUCCAUUAUGACUCAAGGUUGUGAUAUUUUGCCGAGGGCGUUCGGUUCGCGAUGGGUGACCGGCGUGUGGUGGUUCUUCGCCAUGAUCAUAACUGCGUCGUACACGGCCAACAUGUCCACCUUCCUCAGUAACAGCCGUCGCAGCAACGACAUUGCUGACGUCAAGGCCCUCGCCGACCAGAAGGACAUCGCCUAUGGUGCAAUGUAUGGUGGAGCUACAUAUGAAUUCUUUAGGACAUCCAACGAUACAGUAUUCCAUAAGAUCUGGACUGUGAUGAGCUCGGCCAAACCCACUGUGUUCAUGGAUAACAACGAUGAGGGCAAGGACCGCGUGCUGAGGAGCAAGGGCAAGUACGUGUUCUUCAUGGAGUCCACCGCCCUGGAGUACUUCACCGCCAGGAUCUGCGAGCUGAAGAUGGUCGGCAAUAAUCUCGACUCUAAAGAGUAUGGCAUCGCUAUGCCUAAAAAUUACCCAUUCAAAUCUUGGAUAGAUCACGCUAUUUUGUCGUUGCAAGAAUCUGGGAAACUUACUGAAUUUAAAAAGAAAUGGUGGGAGGUUGAGGAUAAUACUGCCCAUUGCGAGCUGCAAAAAGAAAAUGAAGAAGAUGACAGUGGUUCCCUGCAGAUGAAAAAUACGAGUGGUAUUUUCUUGGUGUUGGGCUUUGGAGGAAUAUUGGGACUGCUGGUGGCCAUUGUUGACUUCCUUCUGCAUGCUAAAGAAAUCUGUGUAAAAGAAAAGGUGACGUUCAAGGAAGCGGUGAUGAGCGAGUGGCGGACAUCGUUGGACCCGCGCGCGUUGCACAAGCUGGCCGCACCGCCGCGCUCCGCACCCCCCUCCACCGCCAGCCCCUCGCCGCAACGCGAACGAUCCCAGUCGAGAGCUGUCUCCGUGCUUAGAGCCGCCUCGUCCUUCAUCAACUUCGACGAGAUUUACUAGUUAGAAUUUAGUUUUGAAGGUGACCAACAGAUGGCGCUAUACUGUUGUAACGUUUAGUUCUAACGUCAAACAACAGGUGGCGCUGUCCCGUUUUAUAUCGCGGUGUCUUAAGAAUGGUCGGUAUACUAUACAUCAGAUGGAAAAUUUAGUUUAUUUAUAAGCUUGAGAGAAUCUGAUAAAUUGGAUUUAUUUUAUAUGGUUUAAUAGCGGCCAUAUUGACAAUGUAAAUACUAAAUAUAAAUAAUAACACUUUAUACUGUUAGUUUCAUUCUUACCUAUUCUUUACAAAAAUUAGGUAGGUACAAUCACAAUGAUUGUAGGUAAUUGAACUACAAAAGAUAUCAUGGUCUUAAAAUUGUUGUGCCAACUGUACCUAAAUGUACC